CAAUCGCGUGUGAGCAGUGAAGGCAAUGGUCCUGGCUGAGAGUCCUGCUUCAGGAGGGAGACUUUUACACUGCACGAAAGCUAGGGAAACACUCGCAGCUGAAAUGACCCACAGCCCUCGGGCCGCUCUCCGUGGAUUAAAACGGAAACUUUCACGAUGGCUCUGAAGGUGAAAAAGUAGCACGAGCAGCAGGAGCACGCUAACCGCCGCCGCCGCCGCCAACGGACCCUCUACUGCAAAGCAACUCCUGGUAGAUGCACGGCCACUGCUGAAAAAUAUGCUCCAGCCGAGCCGCCUCAACCCCGGCUCCAGUCGCAGAUUGUCCGCGUUUUAACCAGCUCCCUGAGACGUUUCCAGCCGCCUCUGUUUGUGUGUGUUUUAAAUUGGUGUCGCCGCCUCUUUACCUAUAAAGUCCGCUGUACAAGUCCCAGACCCACCUGCGAGAGAGAGAACAUUAUGGCAGGGAAGCUGACAGCAGCGCAAGGCACAGGAAUACUGCUGGUGACAGCCAACGUCGGAUCCCUGUUCGAGGAUCCUGAGAAUCUACAGAAAACAUGGCUGAGGGAGUUUUACCAGACAGUACAGUCACACAAGCCUCACUUCUUGGCGGUGCACUGUCAGGAGGUUGGCGGGAAGAACUACGAGGCGUCCAUGUCACACGUGGACAGUUUUGUUAAAGAGCUGUUGUCCAGUGAUGCCAUGAGGGAGUACAGCAGGGUCCGUGUCUACCUCGAUGAGAACUACAAAUCCCAGGAGCACUUCACAGCUCUGGGAAGUUUCUACUUUAUCCACGAGUCUUUGAAAAACAUCCACCAGUUUGAUUUCAAAGCCAAGAAGUUCAAGAAGGUGCUGGGGAAGGAAACCUGCUCAGAGACACUAGAAAGCACGCCUACGCUGGAGAAGGAAAAGUUUCCCCAGGAUUAUUUUCCUGAGUGCAAGUGGUCCAGAAAGGGAUUCAUCAGGACUCGAUGGGCCCUGGCUGACUGUGCCUUCGACCUGGUCAACAUCCACCUUUUCCAUGAUGCCUCCAACCUGGUGGCCUGGGAGAAGAGCCCCUCAGUCUACUCUGGGACCAGGCAGAAGGCCCUGGGCUACGUUUUAGACAGGAUCACGGACCAGCGGUAUGAAAAGGUGCCAUAUUUUGUCUUUGGGGACUUUAACUUCAGGUUGGACUCUAAGCAGGUCAUUGAGAGUCUCUGCUCCACUGCCACCAUGCAGACAGUCAGAGCCGCCGACACCAAUGAAGUUGACAAGCUAAUAUUCCGAGAAAGUGAUAAUGACAGAAAGGUUGUUCUUCAGCUUGAAAAGAAGCUUUUUAAUUAUGUCAACCAGGACGUUUUCCGGGAAAACAAUGGGACCUCACUUUUAGAGUUUGACAAAGAGCUGUCGGUGUUCAAGGAUCGGCUGCAUGAACUGGAGAUCUCUUUCCCACCCAGUUACCCGUACAGUGAAGACAGCAGUCAGGGGAAGCAGUACAUGAACACCAGAUGCCCUGCCUGGUGUGACCGAAUCCUCAUGUCCUCCUCUGCCAGAGACCUGGUCUUAAAGCCUGAAAAUGAAGAGAAGUCUAUAGUCUAUGAUAACAUUGGGCCCAAUGUCUGCAUGGGGGACCACAAGCCCGUCUUCCUGUCCUUCCGAAUAACAGCGGGGGCAGGUAAACCUAAUGCAAAUAAGCACAAGUGUUGUGUGGUGCAGUGAUGUCGUGGGAAGUGUUGCCAAAGGGGGGAGAACAUAUUUCGUGAAGCGCCUCUGUGAGAAACAAACAGGACACCAACACACACACACACACACACACACACACACACACACACACACACACACACACACACACACACACACUUUGCACAAGCCUACACUGAAGAACCUGCAGACGGACUCUCAGCAGUGCUGACCAGUCUCCUCAUCCACACCAAGACUCCGCCAGUUUCUCUCCAUUAAAAGAAAAAAAACACUUGUUGAGACGUGGACGACACACACAUCGCUGACCUCACCGUUGCCAUGCAACCCCCCCCCCAACCACCACCACCACCACCAAUUCCCAGAGACGACACAGACAGACGGACGGACGGACGGACUUCUCCACAGCCUCGUUGCCAAAACUCUAAUUGAAUCAGUCGAACUACAUCACGUUUAGACACCGAGCACCAUCGUUAGGUUCGCCUCUGUACAGACGCUCCUCUCCAUUCAGUAUGUAAGGUGUUUUAAAACAAGACAAGUGCAAUGCAAAAAACGUUGUGUAUCUAUAUGGUUAGGUUUAUUUGUACAUUGGACAGUAGAACAUAGAGCUGUUGAUGGUUUUAGUGCCGUUCUCUUUUCUGACCAAACUUUGUGGUCCCUCUGUUGGAGUAGAUCGACCUUUUCACUUUAUUUCAACAGUUUCUAUAUAUAUAUAUAUAUAUAUAUUUUUGUUUUUUUUGUUUUGUUUUGUUUUUGAGUUGUUGUUGUUGUCGUGUGCACAACACACUGCCAUGCCUGACACAUCCGUUCAGUCUCAUUUUAUAUACUGUACGUUUUUAAAGAGAUAAUUUAUAAUUCUUACCAAAAUGUUGAUGCUGAAGCGGCAGAGACGCAGCGAGUGUGUGUGACCUUUGAGAAGCUCUGCAGUGAUUUAUUGCCUAUCCAGAAUGUUUUAAGCAGUGCCAUAGACCAUGCAAGUAUAUAAGAUAAUGUUUCAUAUAUAGCACUCUCACAUUAUUAUUCUUACUCUAACUUAUUUCUAUAAUAUUAUGGUUCUGAAUGUGAUAUUUUAGAUAGGCUUGGGUAUCUUUAAAAUGUCUCCUUCUUUGUUUAUUUUUGUUACUGCAUUAUGGUGCCAAGUAUCUACACACAGAUGAAAUGUCUGAGAGUUAUAAAAUACUUCAGUCAGGUGGUAAAGGUAUUGAUUCUGAAAUGUAAAAAAAGAAUAGAGAGAAACUCUAACGUGGGGAGAGCAGGAGGACUUGCUUCUUAUGUUGUGUUGUAUGUAGCCUUCAGCAGCCUUCACUGCAGAUCAUUUGAGCAUUACGGGGGGGGGGGGUCUGUUUUUAUUGAUUUCAUUUACACUACAGGUCUCAGACUGUGUGAAGCCGUCACAUUGAUCCUCUGUGAUUUUCUUUUCAUCUAAAUCACCAAGUAGAGAUGAUUUUGUGCCUGCAGCUGGAUUUAUGUUGUCUCGUGUGAUUUGGUUCGUAGGCAAAAAGUAAAAAAAAAAAAAAAGAUAAUAACAAAAGAAAGAAAAAAAACGCAGCUUGUUUUUGUUCCUGCUGGUCAUUGUGAGUUUACUGUAGGAGUAUAAGCCGCAGUUUUUUCCUUCACUCCAUCUUCUUAAAGCAGAUAGAGAUUUGAUUCUAGCCCCUCUCUGGACGGCCUGGCCUCUACUGUAGGUGAUGCAGUUCUCAAGCAAUAAAAACCAUUAGAGCUCA